CCGGAGAAUCUUUUUCUUCUUUCUCUCUAGACGUGCUUUGCUUUGCAUAUGAGAGGAUGAAUCAGAAUGAAGGUGACGCCCUUGUAGAUUCCAUCAAAGCAAAGUUAGACUUUUUGUCUUCUCUUUCAACCAAAUGCUGUAUAUACAAGGUACCUAAUAAGCUCCGCAGACUCAAUCCUGAUGCAUAUACGCCUCGGCUUGUGUCUUUUGGCCCGCUACAUCGUGGUAAAGAAGAGCUUCAAGCUAUGGAAGAUCAUAAAUACAGGUAUUUGCAGAGUUUUAUCCCUAGAACAAAUUCUAGUCUAGAGGACCUUGUUAGAGUUGCUAGGACUUGGGAACAAAAUGCUCGCAGCUGUUACGCAGUAGAUGUGAAACUUAACAGCGAUGAGUUUGUUGAGAUGUUAGUUGUAGAUGGUAGCUUCCUUGUUGAACUUCUUUUGAGGUCUCAUUAUCCUCGGCUUAGAGGCGAGAAAGAUCGCGUAUUUGGCAAUUCAAUGAUGAUCACUGACGUGUGCCGUGACAUGAUUUUGAUCGAAAAUCAGUUACCCUUUUUCGUUGUAAAGGAGAUAUUUCUUCUCUUGUUUAUAUACUACCAACAAGGAACACCUUCAAUCAUACAGCUCGCGCAACGCCACUUCAGUUAUUUCUUGAGCCGCAUUGAUGAUGAGAAGUUUAUUUCAGAGCCAGAACAUUUUGUUGAUCUUCUGAGGUCUUGUUAUCUGCCACAGCUUCCAAUUAGAUUGGAAUACACUACAUUGAAAGUGGACAAUGCACCUGAAGCAACAGAGCUUCACACUGCUGGUGUUAGGUUCAAGCCAGCAGAGACCAGUAGUUGUUUACUUGACAUUAGUUUUGCUGAUGGAGUACUGAAGAUUCCAACCAUUGUCGUCGAUGAUCUCACGGAAACCCUUUACAGAAACAUCAUUGUGUAUGAACAAUGUCAUUGCUCAAAUAAGAACUUCCUCCACUACACCACGCUGCUCGGUUGCUUCAUUAAAUCCCCUACAGAUGCUGACUUGCUUAUCCGCAGUGGGAUCAUCGUGAACCAUCUGGGGAACUCAGUAGAUGUUUCAAAGUUGUUCAAUAGCAUCAGCAAAGAGGUUAUCUAUGACAGAAGAUUCUACUUUUCGACACUCUCUGAGAACCUUGAAGCUUACUGCAACACACCAUGGAACAGGUGGAAGGCAAUUCUGAGACGUGACUACUUCCACAAUCCUUGGUCAGUUGCUUCUGUUUUUGCAGCUUUACUUCUUCUCCUUCUCACUUUCAUACAGGCUGUAUGCUCUAUCUUGGCUCUCUGCGAAUCUCACGACUUCAAAAUGCCGUCGCACAAGUCGUUUAUGAUCAAGAAGAAGCUGGCGAAGAAGAUGAGACAGAACAGGCCUAUUCCCCACUGGAUUCGUCUUCGUACCGACAACACCAUCAGGUACAAUGCCAAGCGCAGGCACUGGCGUAGAACCAAGCUCGGAUUCUAAGUGAUAAGCCUUCUUCUUAAAGAGUCUUCUUUUAUCUGUUUGGUUUAGCAUUUCCUCAAGUCUUUUUUUUGUUUUAAGUUAUGACAUUUUCAUAUUCCUGUAAGACUUUUACUCUGUUAUGAUUGAUGUUAUCAAACUUUUAUUCGUAUUAAGAGUUGUUUGUUAAAAUUUGUGUGAUGUUGAAUUGUUGAAUGUUGACUAUCGAAGUAUCCUCCAUGUCACAACUUAGAACCUGGAUAGAGUUUAAUCA